AUGUGGCGACGAGCAUAUCUCUUACUAUUGCUGAUUCGCGUGUACUUUGCGCUAUCACCCAGCUAUCUACACCCCGAUGAGAACUUCCAGGGUCCAGAAGUCUUCGCAGGUCGCAUAUUUUCAUAUCCCUCCAAAUUACCAUGGGAAUUUACGGUGGAGAAUCCCAUUCGCAGUAUAUUUCCACUAUGGGCGACAUAUGAGCUGCCCAUGAGCCUCUUGCAAUGGUUUUAUACCGAGACCGGGCCCGGCAGCCCACCCCCACACCUUGUCUACUAUGUGUUGCGUGGUGGAAUGUUUUUGUUGAGCUUUGUGCUGGAAGACUGGGCGAUCUACGAACUAGUCCCUUCCCCGCGCCACCGCCGCGCAACGGUGGUGCUAGUGGCCUCGUCCUAUGUCACCUGGACAUAUCAGACGCACACCUUCUCCAACUCCCUGGAGACGCUGUUGGUGGCCUGGGGGCUGGUGCUGAUUCGACGCAUUGUGGAAAAUAAGCGACGCUCGUCCUUCUUCUCUCAUGCUGUCCUCGCCUUUAUCGCCGUAGUGGGCGUCUUCAACCGCAUCACCUUCCCAGCCUUCCUGAUAAUCCCGGGCCUACAAUUGCUUCCUCAUUUCCAGCGCAAACCAACCUCCCUCGCGGCAUUCGUCAUCUUCGGUCUGCUCUUCUCUGCCAUAGCAAUCGCCACAGACACAGCUUUCUAUCGGCCAACAUCAAGCUUACUUGAGAUUUUCCGCAACCCUAUCAUCACCCCGCUCAACAAUCUGCUCUACAACAGCAGCACCUCAAACCUAGCUCAGCACGGCCUUCACCCUCACUACCAGCACUUCACAGCCAACCUCUUCCAACUCCUCGGCCCAGCCUACAUAGUCAUGCUCCUCUCCCUCUUCAGCAAACCCAUGCGCAAUAUUCGCGCCCUCUCCGCCUUCUCAGCAACAGCCCUCCUCUCCCUCUUCCCUCAUCAGGAAUCACGCUUCCUCCUCCCCUGUGUCCCUCUCCUCCUAAGCUGCAUCCAGAUCAAAAAGCCUUUGUUGCUCACAGUCUGGAUCAUCUUCAACGCUACCAUGGGCUUCCUCAUGGGCGUCUACCACCAAGGCGGCGUAGUCCCCACCCAACUGGCUAUGCCCGGCAUUGCCUUCGCCCCCGCAACGGUCUUCUGGUGGAAGACUUACUCUCCACCCCUCUGGCUGUUGGGCAGCAAUUCCCAAAUCACGACUCACGACCUGAUGGGCUCACCGGGCCAAGAAAUGAUGCACAAUCUUAACCUGUCUGUGCCUGAAUGCGGUCUCCGGCCAUCUACAUACACAUACCUUGUUGCGCCUACCUCGGCAGAAUUCCUAGAUGACUACCUUGGUCAGGAGAAAAACCUCCAGCUUAAGCCACUAUGGUCGUAUCGCAAUCAUCUCAAUCUGGAUGAUAUGGAUUUCGCGGAAGAUGGGGUCCUGCCGACGCUGAAACGCGUGGUGGGAAGACGUGGAUUAGGUGUUUGGGCCGUUCAUCGGUCUUGUAAUUAG